AUAUAGCAAUGGGAUAUAUUUUGCUGCAUGGGGAGGUAAAGAAGCACUGCAUUGAAGCUGAGUAACGGACUGAGAAACAGACGUUUGUUCAACAAGAUGGCUACUGAGCCAGACUCUGUGAAGACGAAUGGUGUGUCGAAUGGAGGAGACAACAUCAUCAAUGAUUCUGAUGAAGAAAACCUCAGCCCUGAUGACCUGUCAGAGGUGUUGGCUGCUGGGACCAAGGAGGCUCAUGACAAAGCGGAGAAUUCACCAUUUGUCAAAGACUUCCUGAGGGGUAGAAUUAAGAGAGAACUGUUUAAGCUAGGUACAGCAGCCCUGUACUUUGUGUACUCCGCUCUCGAGGAGGAGAUUGAGAGAAAUCAGGACCACCCCAUGUUCGCCCCCUUGUAUUUCCCAUCGGAGCUCCACCGAAAGGAGGCGUUGUCCCGGGACCUUGAGUACUUCUAUGGGGAGGACUGGGAGAACCAGAUCAGUUGCUCUGCAGCGACCCAGCCCUACGUAGACCGGAUCCACCAGGUGGGACACGAGGACCCUGCACUGCUGGUGGCCCAUUCCUGGACCCGCUACAUGGGCGACCUGUCAGGAGGGCAGAUCCUAAAGAAAGUGGCUCAGCGUGCCUUGAAACUGCCCUCCACAGGUGAGGGACUCAACUUCUACCACUUUGAGGGAAUCCACAAUCCCACAGCCUUCAAGAGACUGUACCGCAGCCGCAUGAACGAGUUGGAAGUGGACGCGGAAACCAAAGAAAGACUGUUGGCCGAGGCUAACUUAGCCUUCAAAUUCAACCUGGAUGUAUUUGCUGAGCUCCAAGAGAUUGGUAAAACCAUUAAAGAAGAAGUCCAGGACAUAGGUUUUCCAGCACAUGGGGACAUGGGUGGAGAUAUUAACAAGUGUCCCUAUUACGCAGCCAAAAUGGCGGCUGGUGGAAACGCAACCUACGCCUGCCAGUUGGCCAAGAUGCUCCUCCGACACCCGACCGUCCAGGUGGUCCUGGCCACAUGGGUUGCUGCCGUUGCCGGAUUGGCUGCUUGGUACCUCAUGUGAACAGCAUGGAUAGAUUCAACCAAUAGGAAAUGGAGGCUGUGAAGUCUUCAAAAAUGAAUUUUUCCCUCAACAUUUUUUCUCAUUUAGUCUUUUUUUCUCUUCUAACAAAAAACAAGUUUUUUUUUGUGUGUGUGUGUUUUUUUUUCUUUCCAAAUCACCACAUUAGCUGCUGAAGAUGUUUUCAAGCAUUUGUCCAUCCUCACAAUACAUUUUUUUCCAAAUCACCACAUUAGCUGCUGAAGAUGUUUAAGCGUCUGUCCGUCCUCACAGUACACAUUCGUGUCAAACCCUCGUUGUUUCACUUACUGUGUGAAUAUCACAGUGAUGUGACAGUCUUUUAUGGACACAUUUGGACAGUAGAUUAUUUAUGACUUUCCGGUUUUGGUCGGUCAUUUCCAUGGUUUUCAGGCUAAUGCACUGGAAAACAUCACAGUAGUGUGUAGGAUUGUCUGUUCUACCGUGGCUUGACCACUGUGCACGUUCUUGUCUCUUGAUGUCGAAGUGUUUUGAAUGUAGAGAAAACAAUGGCAUUGCCAUUGCAUUGUUUUCCACAAAUCCAAUCACUGCUGUUGAGGGAAGUCUACAAUAGAUCUCUCUCUCUACAUAAAAGAAACUGUGUUGCAGUCCUGCAACGAUAUGAUUCCAUCCAUCUUAUCAUUUUUAUCUGAUGGGGGUGCAGGAGUUUGGUUGAAGUACCUUUGUGUACCAAGGUCUGGUCAACCCCCCUCCCCCUCCCAUGGCCAGAGGUGUGACACGCUCGGGGGACAGAGUAAGAUGCACAUAGACAGCUCCUGUUUAUUUGAAAUGUGAUGUCUGAGUGCAUUUCAGCCUCGUGUUUGGUCAUGUUAUGUUUCAGGAUUAGUCAUUUUAACAGUACAGUCAUAAGCUUCUGGUUUGCUUUAUAAAUAGUUUUGUGGACUAUUAAGUAAAUGUGUGAUAUGAGGGGAAAAUGUAAAUUGUGUCUUCCCUCCAAACAGAUAAUCUCUCAAAUACUAGUCAAUCUCUGGC